ACAGCAAAUAUACAGUACCGAUUGGUUGUGUAAAGUGUGUUGAAUACGUCAAAUAUAAUUAAAUAUUUUUUUGUGUAACAUACAAAACUAAUUCGCUUGUUAAUUAAACAUAACGGCGGUAAUGAGCUAGCUGAAAUACAAGAACACUGUUUCCCAACGUGUAAAACAUUUAAAAGUGUAGUGCCGAUAAUUUUCAAGGCCAAAUGUUGGCUUUGUCAUAAAAAUAUGUGAUUAGUUACAUUGUCGAUCUAGAGUCUCGAUAACCAGUGAUUGUAAACAACAAAAUGGAGAACGAUCUUCAUUUAAAUAACUCAGUUUACGAAUACGUAGCACGAAAGAAUCGUAACAAGAAGAAAAGGAAGCAAAAGACUCUACAUCUUUCCGCUUUCCUUAACAGUGAGGACGGGCCAAGUGAGUCUGAAAACUCAAAUACCUCAGAAAGCGUUAAUCCUGUUACUGAAAAUGGAACGGAUGGAAUGGAAUCUGAAGAUGAAUCGAACAGAGACGACAAUUCAAUCUACUCGAAUGAAGAAGGGGCAAUAAACCAUACUAUUGGUAGAGUAUCAACUGAUGCUUCAGUAUCAAAGCCAGCAGAAUAUAAAGCUAAAGAAACCGAGGAUGUUAAUGUAAUUAAUGAGAGUAUUAAUUCUGAAGAAAUCCCUGAAGAACAAUUUACUGUAUUUAAUACGAGAGCUUUAACAAAAGAUGCUACAACAUACGAACUAGAGAAAUUUCAGAAAAAUGCCCUGAUUAUAUUUAAUCAGGAGAGAAUUGAUGGAUAUUCGCCAAGAGUAGGUACUGAGAAAGAUCUGGAAUCUUUACAGAGAACGUUCGGGAAUCUAGGGUUUGAAGUCGAUCCUCAUACUGAUUUGACCAAGGACGAGGUUUUUAGUAAACUUCAAGAAUUUACUAAUAGAGAUUUCACGGAUUACGGUUGCGUGGCUGUUGCGGUGAUGACACAUGGAUCCAACAACGGACUACUCAGGGCAAAAGACCAGCAGUACAGCGAAAUUGAGAUCAUCAACAUGUUUAAGGACUACAACAAGCCAACUCUAGUGACGAAACCUAAAGUUAUUAUCAUCCAGGCAUGUCGAGGCAGCCAUAUCACGCAGGGAGUUCCAGUAUUCCGAUCAGGAAGAAUUCACAAAGAUCUCGACACGGACGUUGAACCUUACAUCUUGCCUGUAGAGUCUGACUUGCUGAUCCUCCACAGUUCCUACGUCGGCAGCCCUUCACACAGGAACGAACUCCACGGCAGCUGGUUCAUCCAAGCUCUAUGCAGUAAGAUCGACAGCCUAUCUAACACGCACGAUCUUGAAUCCAUCAUAACGGAAGUCAAACGGGAUGUAGCCAUCGACAAACAGCACGAAGAGUACAACAGACGAACCUUCGAAAUGAACGUUAACAAACAAAUGCCGGUUAUGACGUCAACACUGAUCAGGAAACUGUUUUUGAAGAAGUUUGGGGAUCUGCCGAAUGUGGAGACCUUUGUCGAUAAGGUGAAAACUCCGAAUGAUUCAAGGAGAGAAGUCCUGGACACCAUCCAGCCUAGUACCCCACUUCUGGUGCAGUUUGGGCCGUGUUCCUGCUUUUUGGGGCAUUUUUCGUAUUUGAGAAACUGUUUGAGGUACUUCAUCGAAGAGAACCCUAACGACGAAGCAGCAAAGUCUCUCCUAGAAGUCGCGAACGCAUUCGAAGAUAGCGUAGACUUCAACACAUCCAAAGAGAAAAUGAGCAAAGCUAUCAGCAAACAUUUAGACACGAACGCCCAAUCCAGUAGAUAUUAUAAGUUCUUGCAUUUAUACAAGUAACGUUGCAUUUAUUAUACGUAGAUAAACAAUUAAACAAAUGACAGUAGAAGAAAUAAGUAAUAACGAAUGAAAACGAAUGAAAAAAAAAACGAUUGAUCUUGCAUUUAUUAUACGUAAAUUAGUUUAUUUUGAAACAAAUGACAGUAAAACAAAUUAACAUGGAAAUAAGAAUAUAAAAAAGAAUGAAUAAUAAACUUGUUUUAGAUACUAGACUGAUGACUAGAUAUUUGAACAAUAUUUUAUCACUCUCGCAUUUAUUACAAAACAAAAGAUAUCACACAAUCUAAAAUUGUCUUGUAUUUUGAGUAGGACCCCAAUUCCGCUUUUCACGGAACAUGAAUGAAUUCAGUACGCGGCAGAACACUCACGGUCAAUAGCAUAAAUUUCCAAUUAUUGCGUUGGCAAAAUAUUUUAUUAAGCGAAUACGAAUAUUGUCAAAUUUAAUCCUACCUCCAUGCAUUUAUCCGCCAUUGUAAGUAGCGGAAUUGGGACCCUGAGAGAGAGACUUUAGGAAUGAA